CUGCGCACUUCAUAUUCCUCCGACUGGGGCAGAGCGCGUGCCCCGACGCCUGUCGAUGGAGAGCUUCCUCAGUGACGCGGGCGCGGACGAGCGUACCAAGAACAGUGAGCAAGAGGCGCAUGUCGCCUUCUUCACGCGCUUUCCGCACCUACGCGAGUUCUUCUGCGGCGGCUCGGCGGCCGCGAUCAACAUCGUAGUGACCUUCCCACCCAACAAGGUCAUGUUCCGGCAGCAGUUAUUCGGGCUGAACACGUGGCAGGCCUUCGAGAAUGUGCGCAGUGAGGGCUGGCUCAUGCUAUAUCGCGGUGUGAAGCCCCCGCUGCUGCAGGCCAUGGUGUCCAAGAGCAUCAUGUUCGGACUCUACAAUUUCUACGAUGAGCUGCUGCUGGAGAGCUUUGGGGAGCACAAGGGACUGAGUCUGGUAGCAGCAGGCCUGGCAGGCACGUCCGAGGCAGUACUGGCUCCGUUUGAGAGGGCGCAAACAUUGUUGCAAACGCCAAAGUUUAACCGGGAGAUCGCGGGUGCAUACGACGCCAUGGUGCACAUCAACAAGUACGGACUGAGAGAGCACUACCGAGGACUCUCGGCAAUUUUGUGUCGCAAUGGGCCAGGAAAUAUUUUGUUCUUUGGACUGAGAGGACCGCUAAGGGAGCUGUUCCCACGAGGAGAUACAGCAGCAGCCACCAUGACAAAUGAUUUCAUCUGUGGCGCUAUGCUUGGAGCGGUGAUCAGCACCUUCACAUUCCCUAUUAACGUGGCACGGACACGUAUGCAGAGUGUGUAUGGGCAACCGUUCAUCGGUCCAUGGGAGGCUUUGCAGCUGACGUACAAAGAGCGUGGACACAGCGUGAGACGGCUGUAUCGCGGCGUGCAGAUGAAUUUCUUCCGGUCCCUUAUGUCGUGGGGUAUCAUUAACUCUACGUAUGAGAAGCUGAAGUCGAUCACGUGAAGUGGAAGAGUCUACACAAAAUGCACUAUCAACCGACAAUUCUGAAUAGAGCCUAGUUUUUCUUGUAGGAUAUUCAUGUUCUUACUACCGGUGCUUGUUAAUCUUUACUACAUCGCUAGCCCCCCCCCCC